GUUGGGAUGUGUGACCAAACCCCACCAACCCCUGGAUGAUCGAUAAAGAGGAAUCUGAUCCUUCCAUGGAAGGGGCUCAACUGAAGUAUAGAGAUCUAUUUAGUAGCCGGCAAUGGUUAGUCUCAAAAGGAUGAAGAUCUGAAAACCCUUUACCCUUCAUCCCCAACUUCGCUUCUCUCACAAUUUGGGUGCAAUUCCUCUGUGUUAAGGAUAACGGCUAACCCAUUCAAAUUCAAAAUUAUUUUGAAUUACGCAAUCCUAAUCCUAUUCUAAUUGUUACUACCUUCUGUAAAUUAAAUUCUAUAUAUAAAUAUAACCUCUAAGCAGAGAAAGGAGAGCAAGAACUCCCACUUCCUUCAUCGUAUUCGAUCUGCCGUCAGCGAGAUGAUGCAAUCGCUCCCUCUCUCUCUCUCUCCCCGCUGAUUUUAUUUUAGUUUGCAGCUUCUCUGUUGUUCCAGGGACAGCGAGAGCGAGGUCAAGGUCGAGGUUCAAUUUUCUCCGGCGAGAGGUCGAGGUUCCUCUGUGCACGAAGAUAUGGAGGUUGAACUCGACCAUUAUGAGAUUCUGGGGUUACGAUCGGGGGAAGACGGUGCAAAACUCACUGAAAAAGACAUCUCAAAAGCUUACAAAAUUAAAGCCCUCAAAUUGCAUCCAGACAAACGUCCAAACGAUCCUAAUGCUCACUCCGAGUUUCAAAAGCUCAAGACGUCCUAUGAGAUUCUUAAAGAUGAAAAAACUCGGAAGUUGUUUGAUGAACUUUUGCAGAUAAAACGUGACCAACGUCUCCGCCAGUCACAAUAUGAUGCGAAACGUCGCAAGCUUAUGUCUGAUCUUGAGGAGCGAGAACGAGCUGCUUUUGCUCCAGACCGUCCUGCGAAAGCCCGGGAAGAAGAAGAGAGAAUAACGAAGAAACUUAAAGAAGAAAUUGCCCGAGUUCGUGCUAUGCAUGUUAAGAACACAGCUCCAGCAACAGCCUCGAAGGCUGGAACAGCUGGAGUGGGCGGGGAGAAUAUUAGGAGCACAGAAAGUUUGAACAAAGUGAAGGUCCUGAAGGUUUCUUGGGAGACUGGAAGUGAUGGUUAUAGUGCUCAAAGGUUGAAGGAAUUGUUUGGAAAAUUUGGAGACGUUAAAGAUGUAAUUCGAUCAAAGGGAACAAAGAGAAGAGGGUCUGCACUGGUUGUUAUGGUGUCUAACGAUGCUGCACUUGCUGCUCUGGAAACUGUGUGUGGAGAUCUUUCAAAUCCUCUUUUGGUUCUUCCUCUUCAGCCAGUUGAGACUACUGAAUUUUCCACUGCCUCGCAUGCUAAGAUUCAUAUGGAGCCCCAUGGUCCAAAGUUGAACAAUCUUGUUGGUGCUGGUUAUCAGGCAUAUGAGAAUUCCAUAUUAGAGAAGCUUCAAAAAAAGGCUGCACAAAAGCGAAAGUGAUCUGCAAAAGCUUUUAAAAGAGGAUUCUGAAUGGUGGUCAUGGCUUGUUCAUAUUUGAAAGAAGGUAUAAUUGUAUUACUUGUGGGGGCCCUUUUUUAUUUGAGGUCUAAAUCCUCAGGUGUAAUGCUUAAUUCUUCAAUUUUUGUAAAUUGUUAUGUACCAUGAUAGAGCACCACCCCCUCUUAUUUGUAUAAAUGUUGUCAAAGUGCACGACUCAUUUUGUUUCUAAA